GGGCGCGCGCGCGAAAAACGAGCGAGGGAGGGCGGGAGGGAGGGGAGGGGAGGGUAAUUGAGAGGCAUUGAAAACAAGAGAGAGGGACCACUGGCGGGAUCGCCGCGCAUUGACGUCCGCCUCAUUUCGUGCACAUACUACGGUAGUAAUUCCUCACACGUUUUUGCGCAGGUGACCGACCACCUUCUCUCUCUCGUGGUCGAGAUGGAGCGCGCCGCCGGCCCCUCUCUCCUGAAUAGCGCAUACAGAUUGUUCAUGCGAAGAACGUCCGUCUACGUGGGAGUCGUUAUAACUGGGGCGUUGAUUGGAGAGAGGCUGGUUGACUCAGGGAUUAACAAGCUCUGGAUAAUGAAUAACAAGGGGAAGCAAUAUGAGGAUAUCCCCGUCCUAGGGCAGCGGACAGGGGGUUCGGAUGAUGAAUAACAAUGUGAUGGAAGGAGGAAGCAUGCUCGAAGGCUGGCUGGGGGGUUUAUGUCUUUCACAUACAGCAGCUGGCAUCUGCAAGUGGAGCCUGGGGCUGCCAUGGCACGGCGUGGAGUCUGUCUAUUCAAAUGUAAUCAAAGGGUUUUGAAUCUGUGAUCUCUGUUCAGAGCAUUUUUUUUGGACUGAGUGGGUGUAAGAGUCAGCUGGGGUGGUUUAUACUUCUUGGAUCUAGCUGCCUGCCAUUGGAUGGGACACGUGUAACAAUUGUGGGCCGAGGGAUGUGGACUUUUCUCGCCUCGCCUCCUUUCCAAUGUUCUGUAACUGGUGUGCAAAUAGGGGUUGGCUUGGAAAAAGCGCAAUGGGUAUGACGUACUAUGCGCACACAAGUGUGUUUUUUUGGUGUGUGCGGUCAGACUCGUCAGCGACAAAAGUGUGUAUGACGUACUAUGCGCACACAAGUGUGUUCCUCUCUCUAUACACAACUGCACAACAAAAGCAUGACUGUGCCAGACUGUUUCGUUGGAAUUUCACUGACUCGUCGGCGACAAGGACUCGCCACGUCGCCCAGAGUUAGCGAUACCCAUCCCUGAGAGAGAAAAGUGGUCCCCACUUUAAUCACACCAACCCUGCGAACCUAGCAGACUUUCAGUCCAAAACCAUGGCAAGAAAGGCUGUAAGUGGUGUGUGUGUGUGUGUGUGUGUGUGUGUGUGUGUGUGUGUGUGUGUGUGUGUGCGCGCGCGCACGCACGUUAUGACUGCAGUGCUGUGGGGUUCGUAUGGUUUAUAUUGCCUCUAUCUGAUGGAUGAACAAUCAAUGCUAGUUCCUGUGUACCCUGUUUACAUGGCUACGAGGGAUCGAACCCACAAGACGCAAAGCGCACCAAAGUCGUAGUUGUGGCGCGUAAACUCGGACGAUACCAUCUUCAGCGUGAUGUGUAAACUAUGUCACUGCAAUCU